AUGGGGAGAUUAGCGGUGUUGUCCUGCUUCCUUCUGAUUUUUCUUGUCAGUGAGUCAACAUGUAUCUCACUGUUCAAGUCACGGAGUUCUUUGGAUCUGCGGAAAACUAGGCAGUUCAGGGAGUCACUUCUUCGGGACUUGGCCAUUGUAAAUGCCGCUGAUAAACGGGACAACUCAAAGUCAGGGACGUCACCCCCACCACCCCCGACCUCAAAAAAGCCCGCGAAUAAACGGGACAACUCAGAAUCAGGAACAUCACCACCGCCUUCCCCACCCCCAGGCAAGGAUAUAUGGUACUUUAUGAAUAUUACGAAGGAGGCGUUUAUCAAUGAACACAAGAAUAAUCUGACGUCAGCAGUGAGGGGUAAAAUUUCCAAUGAAAUGGAGCAAGAGGUUUCCUAUCUGAAGAUGUCCAUGGAGUAUUUGGCUAGGCUUCUGUCAUGCAUUGCCCUGUCGGGGGAUGACCAAAAGAGGUCCGCGGACUCUGGCAACGGAACACUGCCCACAGACACAACCAACGGAACGCUGCCUGAGGUGGAAUCACAAAUAAAUGUGGAUGAGAAGACGCUGGUGGAUCUCUUUCAUUCUCUUGGUAUCCGCGAAGCAGGACUUCAAAACGCACGUGACUAUCGCCCACCAAAGUUCCUGAUGGACUGCAUGUCAAGCAACAUAAUAAUGGACGUUGGUAACAGUGACUUUGAUCAAACCCAAAGAUUUUUGGUGUGUGCAAGACUCGGUAUGGUGAAGACUACUAGGAAAAUGGCAAUGUAUGAUAAGGACCCUCUUGAUAGUUUUGUCAACAAAUUCGAGGAGUUUCUAAAGGGGACGGUCUCGUUUGUACACCUUUACCUUACAUGGAAAUCAAAAGUGGUCAAAGAUCCACUGGAUGAUAUGUUAUCACGCAUGCUGAGUGAAAACGAAAUGAACGAGUUCAAAAGAAUACUGGAGGACUACAUUGCUGCAUCAAGAAAGUAAUCCAGCACCCCGAGGAUUGGUUCUGACUUGAACGACAUGCAUAGCAUGACAUUUCUGCUGUUAAACCAACAAGAACAAGAAUAUCUAAACCGACAAAAGUAGAUUGUAGUUCUAUUUCUGUAUACCUCUGUAGAAUAAACGCAUCAACUGUC